AUGAAAACUUCCUACUUUGAUCAGCAGAGGGUGGAGAGAAAAAGAAGAAGAACAAACUCAAAGAGAAACUUAACAGAGUUGUUGGGACAGAAAAGGGGGUGGGAGAGAUUUGCUCCUAGGAGAAGAGAAAAAUCUAUGCGGACUAAAAAAAGAAUCUAAGUUUAAUCUGAUACAUGCAAACCUUUGAAAUUUGCAUGAGCAAGUAUCGUAGAAGAGUAUGAAGAUGAAAUAUUCUCACUUAUCGCCCAAGAGGCAGACUAUCUAGCUGACAAGCUGUGCAGUGAAAAAUCAG